AUGGAAUUCAAAGUGUUCAGCCUCACUGGGGCAGGCCUCCUCGCCUGCUCAGGCCCUGGCUGGGGCACCGGAAGCUGGAAUCUGACCCCAGUGGCGUGGGGCCCGGUCUCCAUGGCAGCGCGGAUUUAUUACCGGAGGCCUCCACCUUGCUUGGCGGACUUUCGACUUGAAGCCAAGUUUCUUACCCAGGACCAGAUUAAUGAGUACAAGGAGUGCUUCUCCUUGUAUGACAAGCAGCAGAAGGGGAAGAUAAAGGCCACAGAGCUGCUAGUGGUGAUGAGGUGCCUGGGGGCCAGCCCGACGCCGGGGGAGGUGCAGCGGCACCUCCACACUCACCACAUAGGCCAAAAUGGAGAGCUGGAUUUCUCUACUUUCCUGACAAUUAUGCACAUGCAAAUCAAACAAGAAGACCCAAAGAAAGAAAUUCUCUUGGCCAUGUUGAUGACAGAUAAGGAGAAGAAAGGCUACAUCAUGGCAGCUGAGCUGAGGUCAAAGCUCAUGAGACUGGGGGAGAAGCUCACCCACAAAGAAGUGGAUGAACUUUUCAGGGAAGCGAACAUUGACCCGAAUGGCAAAGUGAAGUAUGAAGAAUUCAUCCGCAAGAUCACCCUUCCUGCCCAGGACUACUGAAUGAGGACGGUGCGCGAGAGCUUUCCCCGGUCCUGGAA